UACUUUAUUGCACAAAUACAUAAUUUCACUAAUCUAACUCCACAACUCGUAGGACACAGCGAGGCCUCCACCCCGCCAGACCCAACACAAGUUCAGCAGAAUGAUGAGUGAUGACAAUCAAGACACAUUUAGAAAUGUCAGCCAGAAGCCCGGACUGCAGAUAUGGACCAUCAAUAACAUGCAGAUGGUCCCCGUUCCAGCUCAAGGCUUUGGUAACUUCUUUGAGGGAGACUGUUACAUUGUUCUCUAUAUAAGUCAGAACAAGGGCUCGGGCCAGUCGGCUGACGUCCACUACUGGAUCGGAAACUCCUCUUCUCAGGAUGAGCAAGGGGCCGCAGCCAUCUACGUCACCCAGCUGGACGAGCACCUGGGUGGGAGUCCGGUCCAGCACAGGGAGGUGCAGGGUAACGAGUCUCCACGGUUCAGGAGCUACUUCAAAAAUGGCCUCAUCUACAAGAAGGGUGGAGUGGCCUCAGGUUUUCAGCAUGUUGACACAAACGUCUACAACGUCCUGCGACUGCUGCACGUCAAAGGGAGGAAGCAUGUCACAGCGGCAGAGGUGGAGGUGACGUGGACCAGCUUUAACAAUGGAGAUAUAUUCCUGCUGGAUAUGGGGAAAGCCAUCGUGCAGUGGAACGGCCCCCAGAGCAACAGGAGAGAGAAGCUCAAGGCAGUGUUGUUGGCUCAGGACAUCCGGGACCGGGAGAGAGGAGGUCGAGCUCAGAUCGGCCUGGUGGAGGGAGGAGAUGAGCAGGACUCCCCAGAGCUCAUGAAAGUCAUGAUGGCGGUACUCGGCCAAAGAACCGGGCAGCUGAAGGAGGCCACUCCUGAUGAUAAACCCGACCAGGUGCAGAACAACAACGUCAGACUCUACCACGUUUUUGAAAAUAACGGGAAUCUAGUGGUUCAAGAAGUGGCCACGCAGCCUCUGACCCAAGAUCUGCUGCACUCCUCUGACUGUUACAUCGCAGACCAGAGAGGCUCUUGUGUGAUGGUGUGGAAAGGCAAACAGGCCUCCAAGGAGGAGCGGAAAGAAGCUCUCAACAGGGCGGUGGGCUACAUCAAAGCCAAGAACUACCCGUCCAACACCAGUGUGAAGGUGAUGACCGACGGAGGAGAGUCCGCAAUGUUCAAGCACCUGUUCAAAUCCUGGAGAGAUAGAGGGCAAACUCAGGGUCUUGGUACCACCUACAGCAUGGGGAAGAUAGCAAAGGUCGACCAGGUGAAGUUUGAUGUGAUGGAGCUCCACGCGCGUCCUGAACUGGCAGCACAGCAGCGCAUGGUGGACGACGCCUCUGGAGAUGUUAAGGUGUGGCGUAUCGAGAACUUGGAGGUGGCCGAAGUAAAUCCAAAUACUUAUGGACAGUUUUACGGAGGAGACUGCUACUUGGUGCUGUACACAUAUGAAAUGUCAAACCAGCGGCAUUACAUACUCUACAUGUGGCAGGGCCGUCAUGCCACUAAAGAUGAGAUCACAGCUUGCGCCUACCAGGCCGUCAAUAUUGAUAACAAGUACAAUGGGGCCCCGGUCCAGGUCAGGGUGGUCAUGGGAAAGGAGCCUCGCCAUUUCCUUGCUAUUUUCAAGGGCAAACUCGUCAUCUUUGAGGGCGGUACGGGCCGACCUGGUGCGGUCAUCCCUGAACAAGGAGCCCGGCUAUUCCAGGUCAGAGGGACUAACGAGCUGAACACCAAGUCCACUGAAGUAUUGUCGAGGGCCUCGUCGCUCAACACCAACGACGUCUUCCUGCUCAAGACCAACCAGAUAUGCUACCUGUGGUAUGGAAAGGGCUGCAACGGGGAUGAGAGGGUGAUGGGGAGAGCGAUGUCUGACGUGCUGUCCAAGCAGGACAAGCAGGUGGUGAUGGAGGGCCAGGAGCCAGCUGAAUUCUGGGUAGCUCUGGGAGGAAAGGCGCCCUAUGCUUGUGACAAGAGACUGCAGGUGGAGGAGCCUCCUCACAGUCCCCGGCUGUUCGAAUGCUCCAAUCAGAUAGGUAAGUUCAGGAUGACCGAGGUGGAUGACUUCGCUCAGAGUGACCUGGACGAAGACGAUGUCAUGCUGCUGGACACCUGGGAGGAGAUUUUCUUGUGGAUUGGAAACUCAGCCAACCAGUAUGAGACCAAGGAGGCGUGGAAUAGCGCGCAGGAGUACCUGAGGACUCACCCUGCAGGCCGCGACCCCGACACACCCAUCAUCAUUGUCAAACAGGGUUAUGAACCGCCCACGUUCACCGGCUGGUUCAAUGCAUGGGAUACUCAUAAGUGGAGCGGAGGCAACUCCUAUGAGGAGAUGAAAAAAAAGCUGAGUGAUCCAGCAUCUCUCUCACAGAUCACUGUUGAUCUGAACAACUCUAAUUCCAAUAAGCGUCCUGUUGGGGUUAGUGGCCCAGGAGGCCCCACAAGCUCCCCUCCAGUCUACCAGUCCCACGGAGGUGAUCUGUCCCCCAGACCCUCUACUCCCUCCAGCCCGUGCACCCUGAGAGCCCAGACCUCUGUGUCCAUGAACAUGUCCCCCUCCUCUAGCUUCAGUCCAUCCUCCCCAGGUGGCGACACUGUGUCCCCCUCUGCUGGAAGCUCUGGGAUGUAUCUUAACCCGGAGCUCAUCGUCAACAAGUCUCCCAGUGAGCUGCCACAGGGAGUGGACCCCAGCCAGAGAGAGGAUUACCUCUCUGAUGUUGCAUUUGAGAACCUGCUCGGAACAACCCGCUUAGACUUCAAGCGUCUGCCGAGCUGGAGGCAGAGUGACUUGAAGAAGAAAGCGGGACUAUUCUGAGGAACAUGCGCCGUUGGAUUUACAGGGAAACAUUGUCAAACCAGUCUGACUUUUGUUCACAGAACUUCUUUGUAAAAACUAUAAGUAAAGCAGCAUUUUAGCUGCUUUUAGCAUUUUUUACAACAUCGGUCCUUGAUCAUUUCACCUGAAUAUUGCUUUUAUUCCUUCUUUUUCUGACUGUUUUCCACCACAAACCAAGUGAAAGUGAUUCAAAAUGUUAGAAUUAGCUGUUCAUAUGAUUGUAAUAAAAAUACAAAAUCAAGGACACAAUUUACAGUUAAAUUAAGACUAUUUGCAAUUGUUGUGCUUUAUAUUUAUCCAUAUCUUCCAAUGUUUUAUGCUAAUUGUUUCGUGAUCUGAUUUUCCUCAGGAUA